AUGUCUCUCUUCCGCACCUUCACCAAUACCGGCGACUUCGCGCCUCUCUUCCGCCUCUUGGACGACUACGACGUCCACCGCCAGACCAAAGGCCAGACCUCUUCCAUUCGCUCCUGGUCUCCUCGCUUUGAUGUGCGCGAGAGCACAGAUGCCUACCACCUAGAUGGCGAGCUGCCAGGUCUCGCGCAGCAGGACAUCAGCAUCGAGUUCACGGACCCGCAGACCCUUGUGAUCAAGGGCCGCGUGGAACGGGAAUCCCACUCUGAGCCAGCUCCCCAGGAACCCGAGGCCAGCGAGAACAGCAACAACAGCAACAAGGAAGUGGCACAGACGACCAAGUCCGAGCGCAAGCACAAGUACUGGGUGACGGAACGGUCUGUGGGCGAGUUCCACCGCGCCUUCAGCUUCCCCGGCCGCGUCGAUCAGGAUAACGUCAAGGCGAGCCUGGCGAACGGCAUCCUCUCGAUCGUGGUGCCCAAGGCUGAUCCCAAGUCUGGUCUGAAGAAGAUCAGCAUUGAGUAA